AUGAUCAAAAGAUAUGGUAACUCGAAGGUCCUCAUAUUGAAGUCCCUAAUUAAAGCUGGAGCUAAUAUCAAUGAAACUUCAGAAUCUGCUGGUACAAAACUAAAAUUCCUGAGGAUGGUUAACACCUAUGGAGAAAUAAAUAUAGUUGUAUAUUUAGUGGACAGUUUUGAGUUAGAUUUCAUGCUUGUUGAUUAUGAAAUACUUGAAACAGUUAUUAAGUUACAUCCGACCUUGCUAUCAAAAGAACAACUCGAAGAUCAACAGUUUAUGGUUAAAUUAAAAAGAAUAUUCAUGAAUCAAUUGAUCAAUCAUGCCCGUAAUGAAGAUGUCAGAGCAUUGUGUUCCCGCGAUUAUGCUGAUAAAUGUCCGAUGUACAGCACUAUGAUUAAAAAACGCGUCGACACCGCCGUCAAAAGGAGCAAGCUGCUGGAGAAGUCUUCGGAAAAAAUUUUCAUUUUAUUAAAAACGCUGCCAUUUCAGUGUUGCCAAAAAAUUUUAACUUAUUUUGAUGAUAAUCCCUGGCGAUUUGGAAAUAUUCAAUACUCAAUUUGA